UAAAAACUGGUAAUCUGAAAUAAACAGAUAACGUUGGAUAAUAAGAUCGGGGGAGGGGAUUAAAUGAAUGAAAUGACUAGAAGUACCACAAUGGGAGACUGUCAGUCAAUCUAUAGAUCUCGUAGCGAGAAGAAUAAUGCAUGCGAUUCUACAAGCUUUUCGCAAGAAUACAUGCCCGCGUUUUGAACGGAUAAGUGGUCAUCCGAUUUCAAGAUGCAUCACUUAUCGACUGGGCAUCUUUACACGAUCUUAUCACAGCGAGAACGGUGUUUAUGGAUACAGACCGCAAUCACAAAGACACUUUGAAGUUCCAAAAGAAUGUUUAGAAACACGAUCAAAGAACAGCAAUUUCUACAGGCUGGUUACCGCGUACAGAGAGCAUGGUCACAAACAAGCGGACAUUAACCCAGUCGCGAUAAAAAAACCAACGUUUCUAACGGAAUUAAAACCAGAAAGGUUUGGAUUAAAUUUAACCGAUAAAGUUACCUUCAAAGGUAUUUUAGAAAUGGGGAAGGACGAAGGAACAGUACAAGAAGCUUUGCAGUUUUUGAAUAAGACUUACAGUAGUUCAGUAGGACUCGAGUUUAGUUAUCUGGAGACCGAGGAAGAAAGAGAAUGGUUCGCGGAAACUGCGGAAAGGGUUUUGGCGGAGUCUUUAACCAACGAAACACGAAUUGCCAUCGCGACGGAAAUGCUGAAGAGUCAAACGUUCGAACAAUUCUUAGCCAUCAGGUUCGUGAGCCUGAAGAGGUACGGCGGUGAAGGCGCUGAGAGUAUGCUGGCAUUUUUCUACGAGUUCUUCAAGUUGUGCGCACAUGACGACUUGAAACAUAUCGUAUUAUGCAUGGCUCAUCGUGGUCGACUGAAUUUCCUCACUGGCAUGCUGAAUUUCCCGCUGGUGAAAAUGUUCCGAAAACUGAGAGGGUUUAAUGAAUUUCCGGACAACGCGUCCGCCACAGGCGAUGUGGUCACUCACUACGUGUCCUCUACCGAUUUGAAUUUUGACGAGAAAAAUCUUCACGUGACAAUGUUGCGAAAUCCGUCGCAUUUGGAGGCUGUAAAUCCUGUAUCCAUGGGGAAAACUAGAGGAAUAAUGCAGGCUGUUAAAGACGGAGCCUACAGCGAUGACGAGAAUACACGCUGGAGCGACAAAGUGUUGAACCUCCAAGUGCAUGGAGAUGCUGCUUACGCUGCUCAAGGCGUUGAUCAAGAAUGCUUAGCCAUGACCACGGUUCCUCACUUCGAAAUCGGUGGAACCGUUCAUUUGGUGAUCAAUAAUCAACUAGGUUUCACUACUCCCGCCUCUAGAGGAAGAUCAUCUAGGUAUUGUACGGAUCUUGCAAAGAUGAUCUCUGCUCCAGUGAUUCAUGUGAAUGGAGACGAUCCUGAAAUGGUUGUUCGAGCGACCAGAGUAGCUUUCAACUACCAGCGGAAAUUCAGAAAGGACGUUUUCGUGGAUCUGAACUGUUUCAGACGGUGGGGUCACAACGAACUGGACGACCCUACCUUCACGAAUCCUCUUAUCUAUAAAAUUAUACACAACCGUCCGACGAUACCGGAUCAGUAUGCAAAGAAACUUGCCGAAACUAAUGUUCUUUCAGCAGAAAAAGCUAAAAGCAUCGUUGAGAAUUACAGUGCUCGACUGGACCAAGCACUGAAAGAAGUUGACACUUAUAUUCCACAGCCUGUGCACUUUACAGGUUUGUGGAGCGGAAUGCGGCAAGCGGACGCCAGCAUAACAGAAUGGGACACGGGUGUUGAUUUAAACCUAUUAAACUUCAUUGCUAAAAAAAGUGUACACGUUCAUGACAACACGACAGUUCAUCCUCGUUUAAUGAAGAGUCACAUUCAAUCUCGACUGAACAAAAUAAACAAUAAUGAACGAUUGGAUUGGGCUACUGCUGAAGCGUUAGCCAUUGGUAGUUUGUUGUAUCAAGGAUACAAUGUUAGAAUAAGUGGACAGGACGUGGGCCGUGGUACAUUUUCACAGAGACAUGCGAUGCUAGUUGAUCAAUCAACUGGAGACAUACAAAUUCCACUGAACUCCAUGGUUGAAGGACAAACAGGGAAGCUGGAAUUAGCCAACAGCAUUCUAGCAGAAGAGGCAGUGCUGGGAUAUGAAUACGGUAUGAGUAUAUCUGUGCCAACGACGUUGACCAUUUGGGAGGCACAAUUUGGUGAUUUCUUCAACGGAGCACAAGUCAUUAUUGAUACUUUUGUAAGCAGUGGAGAAGCUAAGUGGAUGUUAAGCAGUGGUCUAACAAUUCUUUUACCUCACGGUUCCGAUGGCGUUGGGCCUGAACACAGUUCUUGCAGAAUUGAAAGAUUUUUGCAGCUCACCGAUAGUCAAGAAAAUAAACCGGACGGUGAUAAUGUCAAUAUGCACGUUGUAAAUCCUACGACACCUGCUCAGUACUUUCACCUAUUAAGAAAACAAAUGGUAAGAAAUUUCCGCAAGCCUUUAAUAAUUGUGGCUCCAAAAACAUUGUUACGUCUUGUAGCAGCAACAUCCCCGUUAACGGAAAUGGGACCACAGACUAGGUUCAAAAAUGUUAUAGGCGAUGAUAAAGCGAAAGAAUCAGAAGUUACCAAAGUAAUUCUGGUAACUGGAAAACAUUAUUACGCUCUCGAUGAGUAUAGAAAUAGUACGAUGCAAAAUAAUGUAGCUAUUAUCAGGCUAGAAAGCCUAUGUCCCUUCCCCGUUCAAGAAUUGUUGCAAGAGAUUGAUAAGUAUAAAUAUGCAAAAACUUUUAUAUGGAGUCAGGAAGAACCACAGAAUAUGGGAGCAUGGAGUUUUGUUAAGACUCGUUUCGAAAAUCUAUGUGGCAAAGCAGUGAAAUAUAGCGGACGUGUUCCUAUGGCUGCACCAGCUGAGGGUGAAGCACAAAUGUAUAAACGAGAAGCUCAGGAAGUUAUUGUUAAACCUUUCCUUAUGAAAUAAUUUUUGUAUUAUAUUAUAUUUUACUCUGUUUUAUUUGUACACAUGAUUCAACUGCCAAAAUUCAUAUUUGUCCUGCAAUUACAUCGUCGCCAUACGCUAUAUUACGGAAUAAACUAUUUACACAUU